CUCCACUGUAUAUCAUACAACUCAGUCCAACAAGGAACACAUGCAUUGAUGCCUCAUCAAGAUUAAGCUGAUGAAGCUUAACUAACUCAUUUAACAAAGACAAAAAGGACCUAGAGAGGCUCCACAUUGAAUCACAACUCAAUUUGUCCAGUAAAAUCCACUCACAGCCAACAGAAUCAACCAUGCCUCCUCAGCUGCAGUCCCAGAACCAGACAGGCAUCCGGGUUGUCCAGGGGGACCUAGGGGCCUUGACCCCAGCCGUCAGGGAGUUUGUGGAGUCAAAUAUCAACCUGUGCCAGCCCGAAUCACUGCACAUCUGUGAUGGCUCUGAAGAGGAGAAUUGUACAAUCCUAACCCAGCUUGAAGAGCAGGGCAUGAUCAAAAAGCUGAUCAAAUAUGAAAACUGCUGGCUAGCCCGGACAGACCCUAGAGAUGUGGCCCGCGUGGAGAGCAAGACAGUCAUUGUGACCGAGGAACAGAGAGACACAGUUCCGUCUCCACGAGGAGGUGGUGUCAGCCAGCUGGGGCGCUGGAUGUCUCAAGAGGAGUUGGACAAGGCCAUGAACCUGCGCUUUCCAGGCUGUAUGAAAGGGCGUACCAUGUACGUGAUUCCUUACAGCAUGGGGCCUGUGGGCUCCCCCCUGUCCAAGAUCGGGGUGGAGCUAACCGACUCUCCCUACGUGGUAGCCAGUAUGAGGGUGAUGACUCGCAUGGGCAAAGCCGUUCUCACUGCACUGGGAAAUGGAGACUUUGUGCGCUGCCUUCACUCUGUGGGCGUUCCCCUGCCACUUAAAAAGCCCCUGGUCAAUAACUGGCCAUGCAACCCCGAACUCACUUUGAUAGCCCACAUUCCUGACCGCAGAACAAUUGUUAGCUUCGGUAGUGGCUACGGAGGCAACUCCCUGCUGGGAAAGAAAUGCUUUGCGCUUCGAAUAGCCUCUCGCAUUGCCAUGGAAGAGGGCUGGCUGGCUGAACAUAUGCUGAUCCUGGGCGUCAGCAACCCGGCUGGUCAGAAGAAGUACAUUGCAGCGGCUUUCCCUAGUGCUUGUGGCAAAACCAAUUUGGCCAUGCUUAAUCCAACACUUCCUGGUUGGAAGGUGGAGUGUGUCGGGGAUGACAUUGCCUGGAUGAAGUUUGAUGACAAAGGCAACCUGAGAGCCAUUAACCCAGAGAAUGGCUUCUUCGGUGUGGCCCCCGGAACCUCGGCCAAGACUAACCCCAAUGCCAUGGAAACCAUUCGUAAGAACACUCUGUUCACCAACGUGGCCGAGACCAGUGAUGGCGGCAUCUUCUGGGAGGGCAUGGACCAGAAUCUUCCAGAGGGAGUCACAUUGACUUCCUGGAAGAACAAACCCUGGACAGCCCAGGAUGGUGAACCAUGUGCGCACCCAAACUCGCGCUUCUGCACUCCAGCCAGUCAGUGUCCCAUCAUUGACCCCCAGUGGGAGUCCCCAGAAGGCGUACCAAUUGAGGCAAUUAUCUUUGGGGGACGCAGGCCAGAAGGUGUCCCCCUGGUCUAUGAGGCCUUUAGCUGGCAACACGGCGUGUUUGUUGGAGCUGCCAUGAGAUCUGAAGCCACUGCUGCCGCAGAGCACCAUGGCAAGGUGAUUAUGCACGACCCCUUUGCCAUGAGGCCCUUUUUUGGUUACAACUUUGGCCGCUAUCUCUCCCACUGGCUGAGCAUGGCCGAGCGUCCCAAUGCCAAGCUUCCCAAGAUCUUCCACGUUAAUUGGUUCCGAAAGAGCCCAUCUGCUGGAUUCCUGUGGCCCGGCUUUGGGGAUAACAUCCGCGUGCUUGACUGGAUGUUCCGUAGGUUGAGUGGAGAGGCUGGAGCUAUGCCCUCGGCAGUGGGCUACCUGCCCUGUCCGGGCUCCCUGAACUUGGAUGGCCUCAGGGAGAAUCAGGUAAACAUGGAGGAGCUGUUUGAUCUGUCCAAGGACUUCUGGCAGAAGGAGGUGGAAGAUAUCAGAUCCUACUUUGACGUCCAGGUCAAUGACGAUUUGCCCAAUGAGGUGUCCCAACAGCUAGAGUCCCUUGAGCAAAGGGUGAGGCAGAUGUAGGCAAAGAGAAUGAGAGAGAGAGAAAGGGGUAAAGAUGUGGCCCUUCAGAGCCGUUAUGACCUAAGGCUAGAAAAGUAGAUAUUUAUGAUCAUUCUGCAAUAUUAAACAAGCUAGUUUUGAAAGACACUUUAGAAAUCUCUUUUGACAAGAAAACAAGGUGGCUCACUAAUUCCCUUGUUGAAACACGCCACUGUCAUAUUAGCAUCUCAAUGAAUUGAACAUACAGCCAAGUUACACUUGAAAAGGGGAACAGUCUUUUUAGUCCUAAACUGAUCAGUUGUUCACAUCUGUUUUUCAAAGUAUGUGAUGAGUUCCAAACUACUGAUUCAUGUGUUAUUUAUCAUUAACUUAUUAACAAGCAAUAUCCAAAGCUACUGUAGCUCAAUUUUGGUACAGCUGAUUACAGAUGGAUUUAACCCGUCAUAUAUUUCGCCCCUACACUUCUCAACUGUGUAGGACUUUGCUUUGUCCAAUUUAUGUCCUUAUUUAUUUGUAUUUAAUGGUAUUAUUUGUAUCCAUGCUUUUUUGUUGUAAUCUGAAAUCUUACAAAGAUUCCCACAAGAAUAAACUUUGUUUAAACUGUUAA